AUGAACAACUUCGGAGUCAUUGAGAUCGCCAGCACCACGACAAAAACCACGCCGGGAUGGGCCUAUGUACCAGACACCGGGCCUACGCCUCCCGCGGCGCUGCAGCCGACGAACCGCAAGCGCGCAGCGCGCAAUCAGCCCGCCUUGAGCCUUUCCGAUCUCUCAGCACGCGAGGAGACGAGGUUACGAAAGGAUCUCGAGGCCCUCGACCGCGACAGUAACCGUGAUGUGAACAUCCCGAUUCCGCCCCGGCCGGGGGCCAACAGCAAAGGUGAUGAUGCGCGCAACAAGCACACCCCGAACGUGCGCAAGAUCCUCCAGUCGCAAAAGACGUUCGCCAACCACCUGGACGACUACCACGCGAUGCUCGCCCUGGCCGAGAGCAACCCCGCUGCGGCGGCGGCCCUGAACCCAGCGCAGGCGAAGCCAUCGACGCCGUCGGCAGCCGCCUCGAAGAGCGCCUCGCCGGCACCCGCAGCAAGCGCCAUCCUGCCGCCGUACGGCCGGUCGCCGCCGCCGCCGCACCCGGGCGACGCGGACCCGCUGCUGGUGUCGCGCGUGCCGCCGUUCCCCUCGGACGACGAGCUGCGGGCGCUCAUGACGGCGCCGCCGCUCAGCUAUCUCGAGGCGCGCGCCGGCUGGGACGAAGACGGGCCCGGGCGGUACCCCGUGCGCGUCUUCUGCGCCGUGUGCGGGUACUGGGGCCGCGUCAAGUGCAUGAAGUGCGGCACGCGCGUCUGUGCGCUCGACUGCCUCGAGGCGCACCGCGAGGAGUGCGUGACGAGGUACGGGUUGUAGCAAAGUUGAGAGUAAGGGAGCCAGUCCUGAGGGAGUAAGGGGAAGGGAAUGAUGACGGUUUUAAAAGAACAAAGGACAAAAACGAGGGUGGCAGGUAGGGCUACGGAAUGGGGAAUGAUCGAUUGGGGUCAGGAGGAGAGGCAUCUAUCUAUCGUCCAGCGCCUCCGGUUUGUAAGCUUUAGUUAGUUUAGCAGCGGGUAGAUUGGUUGGGGGACUGGCGUUUUUUGCUACAAGGCGGGCGUACGGCUUGAUACCCAUAGUGUUCUUCUUCUAACGUUAGGUUCGAAAGCAACGGUUCAGGUUCACCCAUAACC